GAGUGUGUGUGUGUGAGAGAGAGAGAGAGAGAGAGAGCGGGUGAGUCCUAAUCUCUCUGUUCUGUAUCUCUGACCGUUUGAUCUGCUAUGUUUGUGAUCAGCCUCAGGAUCUGCUCAUUUACCUGGAUUUAAAUUUGUGAAUACAGAAUAUUGAGGUUGCCAGAUCAGCAGAAUCUACGGUUCAGCAUGUGUUCCUGGGAGGACCUGAGCAGUUUGAGGUAAUGUUCAGUCACCAGAUGCCACCAAAAACCUGCCAGACUCUUGAAGACUUAACUGACUUUCUCUCCGUCCCUGUAAACUGAGGAACGCCGGAGCCAGAAGCUCUUAACACCUGUCUGAGCUGGAUCUGAAGAUUAUGCUCAUAUAGUUCCCCGUUUUGCUGAAUCUCAUAUCAAAUCAGAAAUAAUGGCUGACCCCUACCAGAACAGCUAUCACCACGGUGACCCUGACGGAUACGGAACAUACGGCGAAGGUGGUCAGGACGGUUACGGCUACCAGACGGACUACCCCCCCCAGGAGGAGGACGCCGCCAGCGACGUGACCGAAGGUCAUGAUGAGGACGAUCAGAUGUACGAGGGCGAGUACCAGGGUAUCCCGCAUCCGGACGAGAUCAAAGCUGCCCGCCGGGCGGCCAGGGCGAAGGCUCGGACAGCGGUGGACGCCGUGUCCGAGCAGGAGGAGCUGGCAGAGCAGUAUGAAGACAUCAUGGAGGACUGCGGGCACGGGCGCUUCCAGUGGAGCCUGUUUGUGGUGCUGGGGUUGGCGCUCAUGGCGGACAGCGUGGAGUGCUUCGUCGUAGCCUUUGCGCUGCCCAGUGCUGAGAAGGACAUGUGUCUGUCCAAUGCGGAGAAAGGCAUGCUGGGGUUGAUAGUGUUCCUGGGAAUGAUGUUUGGAGCGUUUAUUUGGGGUGGAAUGGCGGACAAAGUCGGCCGGCGGAAGUGUCUGAUCAUCGCUUUGGCCAUCAACUGCAUCGCCGCCUUCCUCUCGUCCUUCGCCCAGGGCUACGGCUCCUUCAUCUUCUUCAGGCUCUUCUCCGGCAUCGGGAUUGGCGGCUCCGUGCCCAUCGUGUACUCGUACUUCUCAGAGUUCCUGCAGAUGGAUAAGAGAGGAGAGCACCUGAGCUGGCUCUGCAUGUUCUGGAUGAUCGGUGGCAUCUACGCCUCCUUCAGCGCCUGGGGCAUCAUCCCCCGAUACGGUUGGGGGUUCAGUAUGGGAACAGAGUUUCAGUUCCACAGCUGGAGGGUUUUCGUGCUGGUCUGCGCUCUGCCGGCCAUCGCUGCCCUCAUCGGCCUCAUGUUCAUGCCUGAGAGCCCACGCUUCCUGCUGGAGCACGCUAAACAUGACGAGGCCUGGAUGAUCCUGAAGCACGUCCACGACAUCAACUGGAGAGCAAAGGGAGAACCUGAGAGAGUCUUCACGGUGUCUCAAAUCAAGACUCCAAAGACCCAAGAGGACGAGUUCUUCGAGAUUCAGAGCUCCACUGGUACAGCUUUCCAGAGAUGGGUGGUCCGCACAGUGACCCUGGUCAAGCUGGUGUUGAAGAACGUUGUUUCCCUCUUGGCUCCUGAAUUGAGACUUGCGACUCUCCUCAUGGCUAUCAUUUGGUUCACAAUGGCAUUCAGCUACUACGGUUUGGCCGUGUGGUUCCCGGACAUGAUCAAGCAUCUACAGUACGAGGAGUACGAAUCCAAGGUGAAGGUGUUCCACGGGGAGAAGGUCGAGCGGUUCCAUUUCAACUUCUCUCUGGAGAACCAGGUGCACAAAGGAGGAGAAUACAUCAAUGACAAGUUCGUCAACAUCGAGAUAAAGUCGGUGAAGUUUGAGAAUUCGCUCUUCGAGGACUGUUAUUUUGAGGACAUCAAGUCCACAAACACGUUCUUCGAGAACUGCACCAUUAGAUCCACCGUCUUCUACAACACUGAUUUGUAUGAGGAGAGGUUCAUCGACUGCAGAAUGGAGAACACCAGCUUCUUAAACACUAAGAAAGGCUGUCAUCUGAACUUCGAGGAGGAGAAUGAUGUUCUCAUCUACUUGGUCAGCUUCUUGGGAAGCCUGGCUGUGCUGCCCGGGAACAUCAUAUCAGCACUUUUCAUGGAUAAAAUCGGCAGGAUCAGAAUGAUAGGAGGCUCCAUGCUCAUCUCAGCUGGCUGCACCUUCUUCCUGUUCAUGAGCUUCAGUCAGGCGGCUAUCAUAGCCUGGCAGUGUCUGUUCUGCGGUGUCAGCGUGGCAGCCUGGAACGGCAUCGAGGUCAUCACUGUGGAGCUGUACCCCGCCUCCAAAAGAGCCACCGCGUUCGGAUUGCUAAACGCCAUCUGUAAGCUGGCUGCUAUCUUGGGGAGCUCCAUCUUCGCCUCGUUUGUGGGCAUCACCAAAGCGGUCCCCAUCCUGCUGUCCUGCGUGGCGCUGGUGUGCGGGGGGCUGCUGGCGCUGAAGCUGCCCGAGACCAGAGAGAAGGUUCUGCUGUGAAAACGAAGCAUCUCGCCCAGCACACAGAAGCGGAUGGAGUCUGAGAUUAACAGGCUGCGUCCAAACUAAUCACUCCACUGAUCAACUGCAAACACGAUGAGUUUGUUAGAGCCCUGCCAGCCCGUUCAUCCUCACCACUCGCUGUGUCCUUCCAGUGCACCUGCAGACGAAAUCAGGACGAGAUUUUC